AGGAUGGCAGCAUUUUGGCUUGAAGAUCCAUUUGCUUCGGCUUGGUUUCAGCAUGUUCGCCAUGAUCAGUGGAGAGGCGGUCUUAGAGACACCACCUCCGCGUGAGAACAAGCGCAAAGAGAGCUCCCAAGCCACGCCACCCGGCCAACGUGCACCCAAACGUGGUCGGAGAAAGGAAGCGGAAGAACUCGCUUUGACUGCUUCAAAGCUGGAAUCUGAAGCUGAAGAAAUGUCCCAGGAGGCCAUUGCAUGUGAGAAAGCAGCCGUGGAGGCCAUGGAACGAGCUCAAUCCCUUCAAGCAAAGGCUACUGCCUUGGCCAAGCGUGCUGAAGUGGCCAAGGCCGCAGCGCAGGAAGCCCGGCAAAAGGCGGAGCGUGCCGAGCAGUCAACGACCAAAGAGGGCAGGGAUGCUUUGAAGGUCCAAGACAAAGCAGAGAAGCAAGCAGCCAAGGAGGCCGAGAAAGCUCGCAAACAAACAGAGAAGGAAGAGGGCGCCGAGGCGCGCAGUGUCAUCAAGAACAUCGGUGACAGAAUCAAGGCCUCCAUGGUGAUCUGCAAAAGAGCUGGCAUGUGGGAAGUUCCGCCAGGCUCUGUGUCCUUCAAGAAUGUGAAGUUCGGCAUUUUCAAGCAGCUCUUUUCCCGCGGUCGUUGCUCCUAUGUGCCAGAGAAUUUCUGCCCAUCUGAUGCGAGCAUCGUGGUGACUUCAAAAGAUGCUGCUGGCAUUUUCGGAGCCACCAAGGUUCGUGGCGGCUCCAUGUACGCCACCUUUGUUAUCAGCAGCUUGCGCGCCAACUACAUCCCUGCCACAGGGCAGCUGAGCAUUUCCUACGACACAGACAUGGGCUUUUGAAGAAUGGUGUCCGAUGUCCUGUGUCGCCUGGCGCCAUGAAGAAGAGUACCUCAUGCGCGCCAAUGACCGUAAUUCGGGGUCCCAUUUGGGUACAGUCCAAAGCCGGUGCGCGUGUUGGAGGUGUCCAGCUCACUGAUGCUAAGC